AACAAGCCCGAGAAGCCGCUUCACGCGCUUCUCUCGCACCAGCUGGUCGACAUCUACGUCGGACCGGAGAACACGCACUGGAUCCUGCACGAGAAGCUGCUCUGCUCACGCAGCAAGUUCUUCCAGAAGAUCUUCUACUCGAAGCAAGCAGCGACGAGCUCAUACGGACUGCCCGACGACGAGGACGAGGCGUUCGCGGCAUUCGUGGCCUGGCUAUACGGCGGCGCGGUGCGGCCGCCCAAGGAGGAAAAGGAUCUGGGCAUCCUGUUCGAGUUGUACCUGAUGAGCGAGAAGUGGGCGGUGCCGGGCCUGCAGCGCGACGUGCUGGCCGAGGUGCGCGACUGGUACGCGCGCACCGACUCGUACCCGGGCCUGCGCCGCGUGCAGUACAUCUACGCCAACACGGACGAGGCCUCGGAGAUGCGCCGCCUGCUCGUCCACAGCGUCGCCCGCAUGAUGGCCCUCGCCGACAGCAUCCCCCAGCACUGGGACAAGGCCCUGCGCAAGAACGGCCAGCUCGCCGUCGACCUCAUCAAGAGCAUCCAGAUGUGGCACAUCGAUGCCCAGUCCGUCCCUGACCCGCGCAGGGGCCCCGAGUCCACGAUCCAGCAGGAGAAGAAGAAGGCCGAGGAGGCGGUCAAGGUCGAGAAAGAGGCCGAGCAGAAGGAGGGGGACCAG